CUUUUCUGCGCCACAGUGAACAACACUAAACAGUAUAAACAAUUCAAACAAAAUCCAUCCAUUUUCAGCAAUUUGAUUGACGUGUUUACUAUUCUAUUCACUGCCUCACCAGCCCACCCCACAUUUUCAGGAUUUUUAAAUCAUUUUUUUUAGUUGAAACUUCAAAGUAGGUUUUAUUUUUUCUUUGCUUACGACCAUCGAUUGGCGGCAUUUACUUGAUUUUAAAUGCUCGAUGGCUUUGAAUGUGAUGAUAUAUUCAAAAUCUUUAGGUGGGCUUCUGUUGUCGGAACCUUCUCAUUUUUUUCCGCAAAUCUCCCCGUGUUUAAUCUUGAAGCGAUUUUGGUUUUCUUGCUGAUGGGUUCUUUUAUUACGCAUAAAUUUGUUUUUGUGGAGCUGGAUUUUUCAGUGGAGGAUGCUUUUUAGCUGGUGGGUUGGAUUUUCUGUUUGGGUUUCUCUAAAAUUGGGUUAAUUAAAAAAUCUAUGGCGGGCUCCAGUUCGUUAAUUUAAAAAUCCCUUUUCUUCAAAAGCGAACCUGUUUUGUGCGCCGACGGCUUGGAGUGUGUUGUGUGCAAAGGGGAACACAAGUAUUCAGUGUUUCUGGGCAUUAACGUUUUUGAACAUAAGUAACACGCAAAAGGUCUCAUCUUUAGUGGAAAAUCUUGGCGGGUAACAUGACGGUCGAGAGGUCGAGCUUGGGAGUGAAAAAAGUGAUUGUGGGAAUGAGAUUAGACGAUCAUGCUAAAGAGUUGCUUGAUUGGGCGAUUGUCAAGGUUGCUGAUUCUGGAGAUAGUGUUGUGGCUAUUCAUGUUUGUCGAAAUUCGGAUUCUGUUUCGAACGAGAAAAUAAUGUCGGAUGAUUUCUUGAAAGACUAUGAAGGUCUAUGCAGCGAAAAACAGGUUGCUCUUAGUGUUUCAGUUUUGAAAGGAAAUUCGAUCAGAAAAACGUUGGUGAGAGAGGCAAAGAACCAUUCUGCUUCGGCUGUUAUUUUGGGUAUAGCUAAGCAUGGUAGCUUAAGAUGGACUUCGAUUGCAAAGUAUUGUGCAAAGAGACUGCCCCAAACUACUGAAGUUAUGGCGAUAAAAAACGGGAAGAUUGUCCUUAGCCGGUGUUUGAAUAUCAAAUCAGAAGGUCAUUGUUCAGAUCCAAAACCGAGCUUUUAUCUAAACGUAAACCUCACACCCAAGAACAAUCAUUCCGAGUUUGGAGAAUCUGAAUCAGAAAUGAGCAGAUUCAGUUUCGAUGGAAACUCGAAUAACAUAAUAAUCGAGGAUGUUCUGAUUCCUAAUAUCCAAAUACAAAAGAGAGGUUCUUUAAGUUCGAUUUCACUUCCAGCAGAGGAUUUCAUGAAGCACAGGCCCGGCUGGCCUCUUCUUCAGACAGCCAGUUCAUUAACUCAAGAAGCACUCGAAGCAAGAAAAAUGUCGCUAGUGAAGUGGGUUAUGACAUUGCCACAUAGAUCUUUUUCGGAUAUUUCUGAAGCUGGGCUGCAUAAAGAUUUGGAAACUGUACUCUUGAAAAAUUCUGCAGGAUGCAAAGUGUUUAGCUAUGAUGUACUGAAAAUUUCAACCUCAGAAUUUUCAUCAGAAAAUCUUAUUGGGAAAGGAGGCUGUAAUUCUGUGUACAAAGGUAUUCUUCCUGAAGGCAAACCAGUUGCGGUUAAAAUUUCCGAAUCAUCGUCAAAAGAAGCAUGGAAAAAUUUCAUCCUAGAGAUUGACAUAAUGACUACACUGAAGCACAACAAAAUUGCACCUUUGAUUGGAAUUUGCGUACAAGAUAAUGAUCUAAUCUCUGUGUACGAUUUCAUGCCGAAAGGAUGUUUGGAAGAGAAUCUACAUGGUACGUGUAAGGAAAAAAAAUUACUCUCUUGGGAUGCAAGAUUUAAAAUAGCUGUUGAGAUUGCUGAAGCACUUAACUAUUUACAUAAUGAAUGCCCAAGGCCGGUUAUUCAUAGAGACGUCAAGUCUUCGAAUAUUCUCCUAACUGAUGAACUUGAACCACAGUUAUGUGACUUUGGAUUGGCUAUAUGGGCACCUACAAAAGCUUCUUUUGUGAUGGAUACUAACGUAGUUGGAACAUUUGGCUAUCUCGCUCCCGAGUAUUUCAUGUACGGUAAAGUUAGCGACAAAAUUGAUGUUUAUGCUUUUGGUGUGGUUCUACUAGAAUUGCUCUCCGGCAAGAAACCUAUUGGUUUACAGACAGACAAGGGUCAAGAAAGCUUAGUCAUGUGGGCUAAACCUAAACUAGAAAACAGAGAUUUUAAGAGCAUAUUAGACCCGAAUUUGGAUGGAAAUAUCGAUGAAACUCAAAUGCAAAGAAUGGCUCAAGCUGCAGCAUUUUGUCUUGCUCAAUCUUCGAGACUUCGCCCCAAAAUGUCCCAAAUCCUUACUAUACUUAAAGGUGAAAAAAACUACGAGGAUGAAGAAAACGAGGAGGAUGAUUAUUAUAAUGAUGAUGAGGUGUAUCCUGAUUCGAGUGCAGAAUCCCAUCUGAGCCUUGCUUUGUUUGACGUCAAUUUUGAUAGCUCGAAUUCGUUCAGUAGCAUUGAUCAAAACAGCCCUCUUUCUGUAGAAGCUUAUUUGCAGAAAAGAUGGAGUAGAACUUCCAGUAUAGAUUAGUUUUUGCAGGGACUAUGCUUUUUUUUUUUUUUUAAAUUGUACAGUUUGGAGGGAAGUUGAAAAAAGCACCCAAUAAUGAGGUGGCUUCUGUGUGUGUUGUUGUUUUUUUAUUGGCUUUUGGUGUUAAUGUAUUUGGGGAGAAAUUUCCCAGGUUAAAUUGGCAUGAGCAUGCAUUUGAAAGGUUUUAUGCAGAAAUCAAUGGAUGAUAAUAUAAAUUGAGGAAAA